AUGACUAAAACAGCGUCUAAUCAGACGGACAUUAAUAAACAGAUAAUGAAAAAGUUGACGACUAGAGCGGAACUGCAUAUAACUAGAGCCGAGAGUCCAGAGGGUCUCAAACUGAUUCUGUCGCCGCCGUUCAAUGCGGUCGAUAAGAUCACAGACAAUGUGUAUUUGACGGGCGCUGGAGGUAUGACACGCGAGAAUAUAGUGGGCCUCAGGAUCUCAUGCAUUAUUAACGCCACGUAUGAAGUGCCUAAUCAUGACGUUAAAGGGCUCGAAUGCAUUAGAGUUCCCAUCGACGACACGCCCGAUGACGACAUUUCUCCCUAUUUGGAAGAAGUGGCGGACAAACUGAAUGAAGUGGUGUCUAAGAAUCGGAGAGCUAUAGUCUAUUGUGUGGCCGGAAUCAGUCGCUCCUCUGCUCUGGUUUUAGCUUAUUUAGUGAAGUAUCAGAAAUUGACAUUAAAGGAGGCGUUCAUUCAUUGUAGAAAGUGUCGAGAGUUGUCUCAACCAAACGUCGGUUUCUUCAAAUCACUCGUAAGUUUAGUGGAUAAUUCGGAAGACAUCUGCAGUUUCUUACAGUACUUGUGUUGUCCGCCGAUUCACGUCAUCCCACGGCUCAUAUCGACGGUAGCCUUCUGUCCGCCUCUGACGGCCACAUAUGACUUCGUAUACGACAAUCAAAGGCAGAAAUAUCUACUAACCCUCAAUGAAGACGCGCUUACAAUGAAUGGCAACUUUUUGUACAGAAAUCGUCAGGUAUUUCUCAGACGUUUGCACACAUUUGACGCCUUUUUCGUGGAGACCCGACGGGGCAAUCGAGUGGCCUGUCUGUUCAGACACGCCAAGUACAACACCAAACUCACCAUCAUUUACAGCCAUAAUAACGCCGUUGAUUUGGGCUAUAGUGCGGGCAUUGUGUGGCGCCUGAGCCGUCGCGUUGGCGCCAAUGUUAUCGCCUACGACUACACCGGCUAUGGCCUGAGCAGUGGUCACCCAUACGAAGAGCAUCUGUACGCCGACAUCGAUUCGGUCAUGUCUUCGCUCAUGUAUUUGUACGACAUUCAGCCCGAAGACGUCAUACUG